AUGGAGUUUUCUGGGAAAGGAAAAAGGAAAUAUAACUUUGAUUCAUCAGAGGUGCUGCAGAGAUUAGACCUUUUUGGAAACAAGAAAUCUGUCCCAGUUGAGAGUGGAGCACCAAAAACACAUCAAGAGGUCCAAAAUGAAGUCGAGAAAGAAGAGCGCCUGACUGCAGGGAAGGAGGAGCAGAAUAAAAGGAAAAGGAAGAAAAAGAAGAUGACUUCAGAAGAUACUGUUGAAGAAGAAGGCACUAUGGGGCCGGGUUUUGAUCCUCCUGUGCUUGUUUUUGUUCAGUCUAUUGAGAGAACUAAAGAGCAUUUUCAUGAACUCAUAUAUGAAGGUAUUAAUGUGGAUGUUAUUCAUGCAGAGAGAACACAGCAACAGAGAGGUAACACAGUCCACAGCUUCAGAGCAGGAAAAAUCUGGGUCCUUAUUUGUACAGCCUUGCUAGCAAGAGGGAUCAAUUUUAAAGGUGUGAACUUGGUGAUCAACUAUGACUUUCCAACCAGCUCAGUGGAAUAUAUCCACAGGAUAGGUCAAACUGGAAGAGCAGGACAUAAGGGGAAAGCUGUUACAUUUUUCACCCAAGAUGAUAAACCAUUAUUAAGAAGUGUUGCCAAUGUUAUACAGCAGGCUGGUUGUCCCGUACCAGAAUAUAUCAAAGGCUUCCAAAAAUUACUAAGCAAAGAAAAGAAAAGGAUGAUUAAGAAACAAUUGGAAAGAGAGAGCAUUAGCACAACUCCAAAAUAUUUCUUAGGAAAAGCUAAAGCUAAAUGGAAAAAUGUUAAUUGUCAGGAGAAAAAGAAAGUAGCUUUUGAUGCCAAAAGUUAA